AUGGAGGCGGGGAUGGGGGGCCUGCGGGGCCUCGAGCGGGGCCCCGAGGUUUGGUGGAGGUCUUUGCCGGGAGUGACUCGUGCUGCAGCAGCAGCAAGUUUGCUGCUGGCGCUGCUGGCGUCGACGAGUUUGCUGCCGCCGCGGCUGCUGCUGCUGGACUGGCAGCUGCUGCUGCUGCGGCUGCAGCUGUGGCGGCUGCUGUCUGCUGCACUCUUUGUGGGGCCCUUUUCCUUGCCAUUCCUUUUCCACAUUUAUCUUUUCAUUUCCGUCAGUGCAGCACUCGAAGCAAACCCCGUUUUUGCUGCUGCUGCUAAAGGCAGCUAUUUGCUGUUUCUCCUCUUCGCCAACUUCUUUGUUGCGCUCCUCGGCCUCCUCGUCUUCUGGCCCACAGGGCUGUACUUUCACGGGGAAGGGCUGCUGUUUGCGUGUCUGUACUACUGGUCCCGGCGCGAAGCUUUGUCUCCUGUCUCUGUUUCUUUCUUAACUGUCUCUGGCUACCAGCUGCCUUAUUUGCUGCUGCUGCUGCACCUGCUGAUGGGUCGCGACUUGUGGCUGGACCUUUUCGGCUUGGCAGCAGGCCACGCCUACUACUUCUUCAGAGAAGUUCUCCCUGCAAACGGAGGCCCUGACCUCUUAUCUGAACCCCCAAAGUUCCUUGGCACUAUUACCUCUUGGCUGGAGAAUGGGGGGCCCCCCGGGGGGCCCCCCGAGGGGCCCCCCGGGGGGGCCCCCCGAAGGGGGCCCCCCGGGGGGGCCCCCCAAGAUGCUGCAGCAGCUGGGGGAGAGUCUGGGGGCCCCUGGGGUUUCGGAAUGAGGCAAAGGGGGGCCCCUGGGACUCGGCCUUUUACGGGAAGGGGUUACACCCUGGGAGGCGCCAGCUAG